AGGCAACCCCACUUCCAUAGUUCCAUUAUUAGCAGGGAAGAACAGGCUCAUCCAGCCUCUAAUAAAGUUGAUAUUUUCCACAAACAAAACCAGAGCAAGAAAAGAGGAAAGGAAAAACAUAAAAUAGCUUACAUAAAGAGAGAAAAAGGAGGUUUGGGGGUUUGUUCUUUUUCUUCUUUCCUUGCAGCCUCUGUUAAGCAUCUCUGCUCACUUCUCUCUCUCUCUCAGAAUUUUUUACUGGAUUUUUUUGGUUUGGUUUGGUUUUCUAUCAUCAUUUCCUCCUCUGCUUCAGCUAUAACUUCUUGUUUUGGUGAGUCUUCAGGGUUUUUCCUCUCUUGCAUUGAUUUGUUUGUUUUAGCCGAAAAAGUUAGGUGCUUUUCUUAUUAAUUUCCCUUCCUGGGUUUCUCUUUUUCCCUCUAGAAUUUGGUUUUCUGGAAAUUCACGUGCUGAUCCUUUCUGGGUCGUAUGAUCAUAUCCUCUAGCUCGAAUAUAAAUUUCUCUCCCAAUUUUUUGAGCUUCAAAUUUCUGAAUUUCGUUUCCCAGACUUUCACUGGUGCUCUAGAUUUCAUUACUUUCUACAGUUCGUUUCCCGGUCACAAACAUUAAACUUUUGUCGAUUUCUCGGCAAUUUUCGUUCUUUAUUUACCUGGGAUCCUGAUUCCAUGGGACUCUGUCAUGGGAAACCCAUUGACCACCCACAAACCAAACCCGAGAACUCAGUAAUUCCCGGCGAGAACGAGCCAGUGCCGCAUUCUCAGACUGUUAAGCCCUCAAACUUCCCAUUCUACAGUCCAAGUCCCCUGCCCAGUCUCUUCAAGAGUUCCCCCGCCAAUUCGAGCGUUAGUUCAACUCCUUUGCGCAUUUUUAAGCGCCCAUUUCCGCCUCCUUCCCCGGCAAAGCACAUUCGGGCAUUGCUCGCCCGUAGGCACGGCUCGGUUAAGCCAAAUGAGGCCUCAAUCCCGGAAGGAAAUGAGUGUGACAUUGGGCUGGAUAAGAAUUUCGGAUUCUCGAAGCAGUUUGUGGCUCAUUAUGAGCUUGGAGAAGAGGUGGGGCGAGGGCAUUUCGGUUAUACUUGCUCGGCUACGGCUAAGAAAGGGAGCUUGAAGGGGCAGGAGAUGGCUGUCAAGGUCAUUCCGAAAUCAAAGAUGACCACAGCAAUCGCUAUAGAGGACGUACGAAGAGAAGUGAAGAUAUUACGGGCACUAACAGGACAUAAGAACCUUGUUCAGUUCUAUGAUGCCUAUGAAGAUGAAGACAAUGUUUAUGUAGUGAUGGAGUUUUGCAAAGGAGGUGAACUGUUAGAUAGGAUACUUUCAAGGGGUGGAAAAUACUCGGAAGAUGAUGCAAAAGUGGUUAUGGUUCAGAUUUUAAGUGUGGUUGCCUACUGUCACCUCCAAGGCGUGGUUCACCGUGACCUCAAGCCAGAGAAUUUUCUUUAUACUUCUAAGGAUGAAAAUUCUCCGCUUAAAGCCAUUGACUUUGGACUCUCCGACUAUGUAAAGCCAGAUGAAAGGUUGAACGACAUUGUAGGGAGUGCUUAUUAUGUGGCUCCUGAAGUUUUACAUAGAUCGUAUGGGACAGAAGCUGACAUGUGGAGUAUUGGCGUAAUUGCUUAUAUUCUUUUAUGUGGAAGCCGGCCCUUUUGGGCCCGAACAGAAUCCGGCAUCUUCCGAGCUGUGCUCAAGGCAGAUCCAAGCUUUGAUGAAGCCCCUUGGCCUUCUUUGUCUUCUGAUGCAAUAGACUUUGUGAAGAGGCUGUUGAACAAGGAUUAUCGUAAGAGAUUAACUGCUGCACAGGCUCUAAGUCAUCCAUGGCUGGCCAAUCAACAUGAUGUCAAGAUACCAUUGGAUAUGAUAGUGUACAAGCUUGUUAAAGCUUAUGUAUGCUCAUCUUCUCUACGCAAAUCAGCAUUGGGGGCUCUUGCAAAGACAUUAAGUGCAGCUCAGCUAGCUUAUCUGCAGGAGCAAUUCACACUAAUAGGGCCCAACAAAAGUGGAUUUAUCUCCAUGCCAAACUUUAAGACGCAGGGUGCAAUGAAGAACUCCACCGAUGCAAUGAAGGAUUCACGGGCCCUAGAUUAUGCCAACAUGGUUAGUUCUAUUCAAUACAGAAAAUUGGACUUUGAAGAAUUUUGUGCGGCUGCCAUAAGUGUGCAUCAGCUGGAAGGAAUGGAGAGCUGGGAACAACAUGCAAGGCGUGCAUAUGAGCUGUUUGAGAAGGAUGGGAACAGACCAAUUAUGAUAGAAGAGCUUGCCUCUGAACUUGGACUUAGCCCAUCAGUACCCGUUCACGUGGUUCUCCAGGACUGGAUUAGACACUCAGAUGGGAAACUUAGUUUCUUGGGGUUUGUCAGACUUCUCCACGGUGUUUCUUCCCGCUCGUUUCCAAAGGCUUGAAUUUGAACCAGGCUACACAAGUAAUUUCUCUCAUCCUUCUCACUUUUGUCGUCCUGAAAUGUCGGAAGGGACUAUCUGGAAUUGGAAUAGCUUCCUUAUGCUGGCCAUGCUGUCUUUCUCGAGUGGCGGGAUGCUGCAAAUCAUGAAGUAUAGCAGCUGUUGCUGGUGAAACAACCAUAGGCAGCAUGAUCUCAUUUCAUUUUUCAUUUUUCACCUUAUACAAGGCUUUUUUAUUAU